CUGUCACUGAACCGUAUGCACAGGCGCGACGGCUCCGCUCGAAUUCCCGAACUGUAUACUCCAAACUCUUCACAGUGCAAUAUGUACAUAUAGCACGCCCUAAUCAAUGUCUACAUCCAAAACAUUCUCAGUGGCGUGACCUCGACCUGGUUUUUCUCCACCGUUUCGAAGUCACCUUGAAGCUUCUGAUGAAUUUGUACACCCUUAUAUGCUCGUCUCCGAUUACCUUCCAGUUCAUUUCUGCCCAUGUGAUAGGCCAUACGUGCUGGUAACUCCGUUCUAACAGCCUAUGAUCCUUAGCUCACGCACUGUCGUACGGACCGUCUAUUACGUGCAAACUCUGUCAACGGACCAAAAAGCAUAAAUACAAGACAGCUGGUCCCUCUCAUUUCUUCCCAAUUAUGCUUCUUCAUGCUCGGUUGUGCUUGGCAGUAGCCACUGUUUUCCCAACGCUGGCUAACGCCGCUGGAAUCCGGAUAAUCAACGGCUUCGAACGCGUUUACAUUCAACCUUUUGGAACUAAUGGAGUUCGCGUGCGAUCCAGUCUGAUGAGAGAUCCAACGGGAACUGAGCUUUCAGCUCUGUUCGACCCUCCGAUUGAAGGCCCCGGGGGUAAUCAAGGUCUAUCUUUUGACACAGAACUUGGUUUUCAAGAUUCCGGGCAAUUUACCAACGGCGAUCUCCUUGUCUCUAUCCAGAGUGGGAGGCUUUUCUUUUACCGCCGGGAAUCCAAUGGCACCGAUACUCUGCUGACAUCGGAAUAUGCGGACACCAAGGCUCUUCCGUCAAGGUUCUACACGAAAGACUUCCGAGCUUCGAGCUUCGAGGCUUCUUUCUCUUUCACUUCGGAUCCUGACGAGCAGUUCUACGGUGUGGGGCAGCAAGCCUGUUGUAUAGAUGAUUCCGUGAACAAGAAAGGACAUGUUAUCGACCUUAUCAACUUCAAUUCCCAGGUGCCAAUUCCCGUCUACAUGUCGAAUAAAGGUUAUCUCCAGUUCUUCAAUAUGCCUGGACAAGGACAGAUCGAAUUCAGUACGCGUCGGACGCGUUUUGUGGCCUCUGAAGCCACAGUUGUGGAUUAUUUUUUAACGACUGCGGCGCCUGGGGACUACGACGCGCUCCAACAACAAUACACUGGUGUGACCGGUCGUCAACCAACGCCUCCCGACUUUCUCUUGGGUUAUCAACAGUCCAAAUUGCGCUAUUGGAACCAAACCCAAGUCAUCGAUGUGGCGCAACGUUUCCAUGACGAGAAGGUCAACGUGUCUUUAAUCGUCGUUGACUUCUUCGCCUGGAAAUAUCAGGGCGACUUGGUACUGUCUUUCGAUCCCGAAUUUUGGCCGGAUCCAGCUGGUAUGGCGGCGCAAGUUAAAGAACUUACUGGAGCAGAAAUGAUGGUGUCGUUGUGGCCCAGUGUCGAAGAUCUCUCGGUGAAUUAUGUCUCCCUUCAGCGAGGAGGGAUGUUGGCAACGACCAGAGACGGAACAGGGGUCCAGGAUUCUUUCGCCGGCGUCUAUAUUCGUCUUGUGGACUCCACGAACCCCGCUGCUCGGGAGUUCCUCUGUAAGCGCCUCAACGAUAGCUACUUCUCGAUCGGUAUACAUAACUUCUGGAUUGACCAAGCUGAUGGUGGCAGUCUAGGAGAGCCAUUCCUCAAUAACGGGCAACCCAUCAACGCACUUCCGUAUGCACGAACAUUUACCCAAUACUUCAGCGGCACGCAGGAAGCGACGGGGAAAAUGUACCCUUGGUUUCAUCAGGCAGCAAUAGAUGAAGGUUUGCACAACUUGACAAACAGCCAGAGCACGACUACAUUCGCCGGUGGGCAACGGUAUUGUUCCUACCUCUGGAGCGGGGAUACUUCUUCAGAUUUCAGCACAAUGGCACAACAGAUCACCGCUGGGGUGUCAGUUGAUGCUGGACGAGAGCUAUUCGUUCGAUGGUUUUCUAUGGGUGUAUUCUUGCCGUAUACGCGUGUUCAUGGGUUAAAUACCAUCUCUUUCUCUUGUGGAUGCAAUAUACCGGGAGCGAACGUAGCCUUUGGAAAUAAUUGUCCUAAUGAGCCGUGGGCCUAUGGAGACGAAAAUUUUGUCAUUCUCAAAGAGUAUAUCGCUCUUCGCUACCAGCUCGUGCCAUACGUCAAAAAGUUGUUCCAAAAGCUCCAGGCUACAGGCAGGACCAUAAUGAGACCGCUAUAUUAUGACUUCUCGUUGUCUGACGAAAAUGUUGUUAACGGGACGAGGUCGAAUGACCCGAAUAUCAUCCACGAAUACAUGUUUGGUGAGAACAAUUAGUCCUUUGUAACUGAUUUUCGUGCAUUAUACCUAUAUUUCUGCAUGCACAGGUCCGCGCAUCCUCGUUGCACCAGUUACACAGGCCAAUGUAGCUUCCAAGGAGGUAUAUCUCCCUUGCCUUCCCGAUUCUUGGUUGGAACAAGGACUUUCGUGGACUCACUGGUGGACAGAUGUCGAGUUCGG